CAGACAUGCCAGGGAGCAGAGGUGCGGGACAGGUUGUAGCGCCGCUGGAAGGUUGGGAAUCAGCGUCUGCGCAUGGGCAGGCGGGUGGGCCGGGAGCGGCAGCAGCGAGCAGGGCAGGGAGCGAGCGUCUGCCAGCCUCCCUCCUCAGUAUCGGCACGAAAAUACACACACAUCCACACGCCGUCCCAACAGCAGGCUCACACGCGCACAGUCAACCCUCUCUCUUCCCUCUCCUCGACUUUUUAUUGAACCUGUGGCCACCUGUUCGUGUUCCGUGGCUCGUGGAGUGAUUGCAAAGCCAGGGGGAGGAGGCGAGUGAGGGUGUAGGGGCCUGCGGAAGGGAUGCGAGAUGCUGGGGCAAGAUGACGAGGGUCGAGGCGGUAUAUUGUGCCAGUGGAAGACAUGACAACCACUUGGAGGAGCGUGUCUGUCCCCUCCCACCUGCCGGAGAGCUAGUUCGUGUCCAGGGCAAUCUUCUCCCACCGACGGACGAGUGUUGAAAAACGGCCUCACCCCCAACCCCCACCCCCCUCGAGUGAUAUAGUCUGUAGCAGGGUGGUUUGGCAUUAGUCGUGAACACUGUGGGUCGUGUGAAGUGACUGCGUGGUGGCCGCGGGCGUGGGGCGGGAUGUAGAGUGUACCGGCGGCGGACAAUAAAGCUACGCUGCUGCCGCCCUUACGCAGAUGUGGUCCACCGUGCCCCCAGCCAUGAACGCUGCCCCUGUGGCGGAGGCUGGCGGCUGUAGUGAGUGUUGUAGUUGUAGAUGUGAUAAUUCAGACAGAACCUUGGGGACCGGCGCCCCCGAGGUGCCCAACAGCCCCGGGGGGAGGCGUCGCCCCGCCCCCCGCAGCAGGCUCACCACGGUACACCCGCCGGUAUCCUCGCUGCUGCUUUUGCUGCUGCAGCUGCUGCUAAUGACUAAUUUGAGUGUAAGCAUGACCAACCCGGAGUCCUUGCUCUCAGAACUCAGUUGCGACUUCGAGAAAGAGAACAGCUGCCGCUGGAUGUGGAAAACCGAUCUCUCCGAGAACGUGACCUUCGUGCGCACCACAGGCCGCCAGCUGGAGGAGGAGAGCUACAACCUGCCCCUGGGAGAGGUGUCCGGCGUCAACAUGGAUGCGACAGGCAACCCUGAUGGUCACUUCCUAUACCUGGGCGUGCAGAAAGACAAGGAGCUCAACAACUACACGCGACAGAUCAAGACACCGUGGCUGGAACAGGACUUCCUCGACCGUUGCCGGCUGGAGGCGCUCUUCCACCUCCCCAAGUCAGAUUCCAUGACGCAGUUUAAGAUUCUAAUCGAGAACAGCAACGUUACCAGCUACCUCAUCAUCAACAGCCACAGCAGGACCAAAAACCCCAGUACUGACUGGAACAAGAUCUCGACGCCCCUGGGCAAACCUUCGAAGCCCUUCAGGUUGUACAUCGAGGUGGUGCUCAGUAAUAAGUCACCAACACACAUCGCCAUCGACAAUAUCACACUGGUUGGCUGUUUUGACAUAAGAACUCCCAAAGUAUGUCACGGUAUGAACUGUCGCAACGGGGAGUGUAUAGACGAAGAUUCCUACUGCGACAUUACCAGAGAUUGUGUGGACGGCGAGGACGAGAAGGGCUGUGAGAAUCAUCCUUUGGGGUCGAGAUGUGACUUCGAGGAGGACUGGUGUGGCUGGAAGAACCUCGAGGACGACCAGAUGGACUUCAAGAGACACAGAGGCACCACGAACGACGAACACACGGGGCCCAGCAGCGAUCACACCCACAAGAACGACUCCGGUUACUACAUGCUGAGUGAACUGCCGCGGAAGGGGGAGCUGGGUGAACACGGCGUGCUGGAGUCCCCGCUCUUCCCGCAGCCACCGUGUUAUCAUAGCAACCUCGAGUCCCGCUACGUCGACUCCUGCAAGCUGCGUCUUUACUACCACAAACUCGGGACGCACCAGGGAACUAUGAUCGUGAGGGUUGUGGAAUUCAACAUGAUGGACAAACUGGUCAAUCAGCACGUCAUCUCCAACAUUCACGGACAGAAGGGUGACAAAUGGCAUCGUCUCACCGUUAGUCUUCCUCAUAACAUACGCAACAGCUAUCGCAUCCGGGUGAGCAACGUACGCGGCACCAGGUAUCGUGGUGACCUGGGCAUCGACGACAUAUCUCUCUCGCCGCAGUGCUUUGGCAGACGUGUGGACCCUCAGGAGAUCCGCAAGUGUCCGCCAGUCAACACAAGCACCCCUCCGCCAACGGAACCGCCUACUACUUACAUCCCUCCCAGUGGCGUAGUGAUGGUGACAACGUGCGGCAAAACAGGGUACCGGGGACCAUCUCAGGAGGAAUGCAAGAAGGAGUACGAGCAAGGACCCCACAACGCCCCGAGAGUGCCAUCCUCCACCUCUCUGCCCGGCACUCAGAUCUGGAAGGUGCCCCGGGAUGAUUACUACACGAUCGUGGCCAAGGGAGCAAGCGGCGGCACGGGCAUUCAGACCCAGAUCCUGACCACACGCGGGGCUGUGGCUCGGGGCACCUUCUACCUGACGGAGGGCACUGAGCUGUACAUCUUGGUGGGGCAGGAAGGACGCUCUGCCUGUGAGGACGUGUUAAACCAGACUCGGGAGCAGCUUCAGUCGUGCACCUCCAAGAGAGACCUGCCUGACGUGAACCUGAACAAACUGUCACACCUGGACAUGGUGAAGCACAAAAUACACUCGUCCUUCAAAGGGGGAGGCGGAGGUGGCGGCGGUGCUUCCUUCGUCUUCAAGAUGGAGAAGGAACAGCCGACAGCCCUGGUGGUGGCGGGAGGCGGGGGAGGCCUAGCAUGGUCCUUGAGUGACGUCACCUUCCGACACCACGGCAGAGGAAUGAACGCCUCCCUACCAGAGAGUCACGGCCACUUCUUCUACAAUGGAACGUCCUCAAGCUUUCACGCUGGUCCCGGGGGCGGCUGGGAAGGGAGCAGGAACAAGGAGAUCGAAGGACAGUCCCUCGUCAACGGUGGUCUCGGAGGGAAGCCUUGCGAGGAUUUGGGCAGCUCCUGGAUUACCUAUGGCGGCUUUGGUGGUGGUGGCGGCGGCUGUCUGGCUGGCGGGGGCGGCGGCGGUUACACAGGAGGGAACGCGUACUCCGGCACGAGGCAACACGGCGAGGGAGGCUACAGCUACACCUCGGGACAGUAUGGCGAUGUGAGGCCCGCGGCACAUUCCGGCGGCGGCAUUGUGUUCAUCAUCCCGGCACGCAGGGGGGAAUGUCGGUGUGACUACAAGUGUGUGCCGCUGGACGAGUACCUUCGAGAGACGCAGUGCAUAUGCAAGGAUGGCUGGAAGCUGGACCUCAAUGGACACUCCUGCAAGCCGGGCCCCGUGGUGAAGAUGGAACAAACCAUCUACAUUGGAGCCGUUAUCUUCAUCAUCAUCAUCGUCGUCAUCGCAUCAGGCACAACCAUCUAUUGCUAUCACCGGUACCAGAGGAAAAAGUUCGACCUCGCGCAACAGUUGAAAUGCGAGAGAGGCCACGACGUUCAACUGGACAGACUGCGUCCCAUCCAAGGCGGCGGCAUGGUCACGGAAUACAACCCUAAUUAUGAGUUUGGAGGCGGCACCUACACGAUAAAGGACCUCAAGGACAUCCCGAGAACCAACCUUACCCUCGUCAAGGCGUUGGGCCAGGGCGCCUUCGGGGAGGUGUUCCAAGGGUACCUCAAGAACUACGCCGGAGACUCAGUGGAGAUGCCCGUGGCUGUCAAGACGCUGCCGGAGAUGUCAAGCAACCAAGCAGAGAUGGACUUCUUGAUGGAGGCGCUGAUCAUGUCGAAGUUUGCUCAUCCCAACAUUGUACACUUCAUUGGUGUGUGUUUCGACAAGCUACCUCGCUUCAUCGUCCUGGAGCUGCUCUCUGGCGGCGACCUCAAGAGUUUCCUGCGAGAAGCGAGGCCCAAACCGGACCGUCCCUCGGCACUCACAAUGAGGGAUUUGCUCUCGUGUGCUACUGACGUGGCGAAGGGCUGCGAGUACCUGGAGGGCAACCACUUCAUCCACAGAGACAUCGCCGCCAGAAAUUGUCUCCUCACAACGAAAGGCCCUGGCAGAGUGGUCAAGAUCGCUGACUUCGGAAUGGCCAGGGACAUUUACAGGAAUGACUACUACAGGAAAGGCGGGAAGGCGAUGCUACCAGUGAAGUGGAUGCCCCCCGAAGCCUUCCUGGACGGGAUAUUUACCUCAAAAACCGACGUAUGGUCCUUCGGCGUGUUGCUGUGGGAAGUCAUGUCGUUGGGGUACAUGCCUUACCCGGGGCGAGGCAACCAGGAGGUGAUGCAGUUGGUCACGAACGGCGGACGGCUGGAGCCCCCGACCAACUGCCCGUCACCUGUGUACCGCAUCAUGACCCAGUGCUGGCAUCCCAUUCCUGACGAGCGGCCGACUUUCACUACGAUACUGGAGCGCCUCGGCUACUGCAUACAGUUGAGGACGCAGUGUGUGUUGCGGCCAUGUUCCUGGGAGCCGCGACCCCCCCUGUCCCCGCCAGUUUGGACUGCCGCUUCUACCACUGACACCAUCCGUCUGUCCCUCCUGCAGGACCCUGAUGUGGUGAGUCACGCCCUGCCGGUGUUCCAGCGGCCACCGUCUGCCGAGCGGGAUGCCACAGUUAUGCGGCCGCUGGACAACGACGCCUGUCUCACUGUUUCCCGCCGCUCCGAUGAGCCGCAGAGCCCGGCCUCCACCGACUAUUUGAUUCCUUUGCCCUCAUCCUACUCCCUGUCCACUGUGCGCUCUGAGCUCAACUCCACGCCCUCCAUCGACUCGGGCGCGGACUGCUGCCAAAUGGAACGGCUGCUGGAUCCCGCCCCGCCGCCCCCUCCUCCUCCUGCAUGGGAGACCACAAGCUUCACCAACGAACCACCAGCCUCCCACAACCACCAGCGCUCCAAGCCCGUGCCCCAGCCCUCCCGCACACCCUCACACUCAUCCUCCAGAAUGGCAGAGUCACAAUCGACGCAGCCGCUGCUCAAAAACUCCCCACCAGGGUCCCCGCGGUCCCAAGAUCCCCGUGAGAGGCUCAUGAGGCCUGGAGAGCCUGCCCCUGUUCCCUCCUCAGCACCCGCUCCUAUGAUGUCCAUGGCAGGCGUGCCGCCCACCCGGGACAGACCCCGCUCCCACCACCACCACCACUCUCACUGCUACAAUAACAGUGGAAGCAGCAACAACAGUAGCAGCAGCACCAGCAAUAGCAGUAGCAGUAACAGCAGCAACAGCAGCGCCAGCACCCUGCCCCUGGACCCCACAGCGCUGCCCUGCAUCCCUCCCCCGUUGCAGUAUGUCAACGUGGACGUGCAGUCACGUGGCUCUGAUUACGACCACGAGCCGUACAUCAUCCACGAGACUCGAGAACACCGUGAAAUAUCGUGCUAGAGUGCUGCCCCCACCCUUGCCAGCGUCCGUGUUGGAUGUACCCGAGGCGGUCGCGGCGCUGCGCUGCAGAAACACUAGGGUUGCUCAAACCUUGCGCCACAUACAGUGAAGUACUGACACGAUCACAGCCAUACGCUGCUGUGUGCGCCGCACCUGCAGCACCCGGUGAGACAGGACGCGGGCGGCCAGGGUGGAGUCCCUCGCAGUGGACCAAGGAAAAUGAAACGAGGAUGUUUGGAUGUGCGUACCGUGGUGUGAGUCCGUCGCUGUGCCAAAGUGCGAGACAAACAGUAUUAGUGUUUUGCCGAAGCGAGUAUCUUUUUAUAUACGAGAUGUGGCCGGCUGGCCGCAGCGCCGCAGCGCCGCAGCCCAGAGCAGCGCUCUGGAAGGACAAUGCUGCAUCCAGAGGCGAUUCGCCGCUACCACCGCCGCCGCUUGGCCGAGAGGUACGAGGUGUUGUAGUGGUGGCGAGGUCGCUCCUCGACGUGUGAUGUUAGCAGUAAGACAGCUCAAGGGCCACGGCGAUGCUCACGGCGUGUGUGAAAAAACAUUUCCUAUUAUGCUUGUCAGGGUUGGCGUCUGUGUGACUGGUGCGACGCCCUCCCCUGCCACCACCCUGCCACCGACUUUUUCCUGCCAUCCUUACAGACACCACCACCACCACCACCAUCUUCCUUUCUGUCUUGUCCCGUGCCAUAUCCUUCAUGGCUACCCUGCUACCAAUCCUGCCUCCCUGCCUCCCUGCCAUGCUGCCACCACCUUGCGCAGGUAGGGAAGCGCGAGUCACUCAUUUCAAGCUCCUUAGGAAAAUGAUAAUGAUGAUGAUGAUGAUGGUAAUUAUAAUGAUAAUAAUAAUGAUAAUAAUAAUAAUAAUAAUAAUAAUAAUGAUAAUAAUAAUGACAAUAAUAAUGAUAACAAUAAUAAUGAUAACAAUAAUGAUGAUAACAUAUCCACAAUGAUUCUUACAGUGUGGCUCCAAUUCCCUGUGAGUAUAAGCACGUGAUCUUGGUUGUGGUUGCAUGAUGGUGGUAGUGGGCGGGCCUCGCACCGCGCACCACCAGGCUACUGUGCUCCUGUGCGCGUGACACACACACACACACACACACACACACACACACACACACACACACACACACACACGAGUUUAACAGUACAUUCAUCCUAGUAAACUAAAUAAUAUUAAAAAAAAACAAAGCAGGGUAUCAUUAAGUACUACAUAAGUGCUUGACCAGUACUGUUGUGUGUACUCCUGUGUGGCCGUAGCUCGCGUACUCUUCACACCCUCUCGACAAAUACCACAGCACGAUUUGCAAUAUAUAUAUAUAUAU